AUGUUUUAUUUCAUACAGGAGGAGAAGUGUACACAGAGAACGUUAUCUACAGGACUUAAUCCCACCCAAAGUGACCGCAACGGGAGCUCCACCGAUUCAGUUAUCGCAGAAAAGUCCCGAAAAUGCGAGGUGACCAUUGUUUGCCCUGAUAGCAUAUACAAAUAUAUAAUCAGUUCGAUAAUGACGGAGGUGUAGAGAGAUUAAUCAGCACUUUAUCGGGUUUAUUCUAGCUUCAUUAAUUCCAUCAUAUUCAUAACUACUAUCUGGACCAGAAACGCCAAUAUGUGGAUGCACAUUACGCUAGUGGUCCACAUAGGAAAGGUAUUAAUGGAUCAUACGUAUUCUUUUGAACAAAAGUUCCAUAGUGAAUAAACACUCGCAGCCCGUGCCACUGGACAUCAGGCUCCUAUUAAUACACGAAUAAACGUACUCCAAAGCAGUAUGUGGACGUUUUGUGAUAUAUUCAAUGGAUAUUAAGCUACUUUGUUAAGCAAACUAAUUGACUAAUUGAGCGUAUUUUCGAGGAUGGUUCCCCAGUAUCCACAUUUGCACGGCCGGCUGAGAUAAGUGGUAUUGUCUUAUCACCACCAACUAAUGUUCUUGUAAACGGUUUGGGGCAUAUUUCCCAGUUUGGCCACAAUAGGCGUCAUUGCAAAUGAUACAUGGGAUUUUGUAGACAGCACGUUUUCCACCGAAGUGUCCGCUUCCACCCCCAGGGUGUAGAAGAUGUGUGCAUAAGGCAGUUGCCGGUUAGUAUGCCGCUUGUAUCUAGUGUUUUUAGAUGACUAUUCAGAAGAUCAUUUUCUUUUUGCACGUAAGAAAGAGUUAGUUAUAUUGGUGGUUGUAAUUCCUGGGUUUCGUAGUGUUGCAAAUACCUCUCCUUUGACCUGAUGAUGUUUUAUGUCUCGACAUAUAAAGUCGGUUGUGUGUUCAUUUGAAAAAAAAAACAGUUUGGACGUGUAUUUAGAUCCUGCUCCAUAACUUCCUUUAUCAGGGCGGCGCCUUUAAGCUCUAACCAGAAGGCCAGAAGCAGAACUUUAAAGGCAAAGGUGGGUCGAGCACCGAAAAACUUUGUUUAUUGUCCUGAGCUUCCGGACUCGUGCAGGAGUCCAUCGUCAGAGAUAGUAUCAGGGGCAGAACAGGCGACGGUUAUAAGGCAUGUAGACCCAAUCAUCGACCGACGGCGCAAGACUCGAGUUGACUGCGAAGGGCCCUGUACGCUGGCGCCAGAUCGAUAAAUCAAUUUACUGAGUUCUCAUCCGAUGCCCAGGCUUCAACCAGGCCUGUUUUGUUUCCCGCGUGGGCGAAUAUUUUGGUGGCUGCGAAGUUAAACUCGUGACCCAUUUCGUAGGUGUGAGCGGUCACUUGUGAUAAUGCGUCGCCUCGUCGCAUCCGAGGGAAUUCAUAAGUCGCUGCCUACGCGGUUGCCUCAGAUGACUCAAACAUCAACACCACCGACGAUAUGGCAUUCUCUGCCAUACAUCAAGGGCGAUUCAGAAGUAAACCGAGCGCAUUGCUGCGGAGCUUGAUGUCGGAAUUGCACACCGCCCCAAACCCACCAUGCGCAAUAGGGUUAUGAAAAUUAGAAACAGAUAAAAGCCCGAAGAGCAAUCUGCUGUGGUGUAUCGCGUUUCUUGUCAAAACUGUCCUUGUAACUACGCAGGACAGACUGGACGCAUGCCCGGAUCGCGCAUACACGAACAUAAGCCGACUGGGCGACGCAUUAUCAAAAGUGAACGCACACACCUACCAAAUGGGUCACGAGUUUAACUUCGCAGCCACCAAAAUAGUCGCCCACGUCGAGAACAAAAAAGACCUAGUUCAAGCUUGGGCAUCGGAUGAGAACUCACUCAAACGAUUUAUCGAUCUGGCGCCGGCGUACAGAACCCUGCACAGUCAGCUUCAGUCUUGCGCCGUCGGUCGAUGAUUGGCCUACAUGCCAUGUAACUGUCGCUUGUUCUGUGCCUGCUACUAUCUCUGACGAUGGACUCCUGCAUGAGUCCGAAAGCUCAGGACAAUAAGAAAGUGUUUCGAUGCUCGAUUCCUCUUCUUCUUCUUCAUCUUCACAGAAGUCUGACUUUUUUUAUAGACACGGGGACUAUUCCCAAAAUGUAGGAUGGCCACCGAAUAUUCGCCGUUACGAUACAUUGAUUUGUGAAGCCACCUAUUAGUUUAUCGACGUGCGACAGAAAGAGGCAGCGAAUUCCUGAAAGCAAUGCUCCCAGAUGAGGCACGCAUGUAUCGGUACAUCGCUUUAGAUGCCUCAUAAUAAGUUUCUAAGGACAAAUUCAAAUGGACACGGCUAAUCAAUAAGGGACGAUGCAACACACGUGACACGCAUAGAAGCAUAUGUCGAACAACAGUAAAAGUAUUUUUAAGCAUAUUUAGCUAGUUAAUCGUUUUUGAACACCACCAAUAGUACGAGAACGAGCUGGGGGAUCGGCCUCGAAAAUUCAUACUAGAAAAAUGUAUGUAUUUUCUGAAAAAAUAUUUUUUUCAUCUUAAUUUCGUGGAAUCCCCGUAUUGUAGUGUAAGAAUUCAUGCAUAUAUAUAUAUGACCCACAAACCACGAUUGGUCACCUCGAGAACGUAGUAGGAGGCCUUCAAGGCGCUGAAGGCGGACAAGCGAAUCGUGAUCCUACCUGCAGACAAGGGGCGAUUCACAGUUAUACUUGACAAGACCGAGUACGUCGGGAAAGCCAAUGCCUUGCCUGAGGACAGGCAAGCGGACGUCAAAUGUAAGGGUGACCCCAUGAAGAUGCAGGUGACGCGAAUAAACACAACGCUCACAAUGCUACAAAACAAUAGCGCGAUGACUAGGGCAGAACUACGGGUUACCCAAAAUACACAAAUAUGCUGCCACACUCCGUCCAAUUGUGUCCUUGCGCGGGACACCCACAUUAAACCUGGCCAAAUGGAUGUUUCGAUGUCUGAACAACCUCACCUCGGGCUCCAAUACGACGGUCCGCUCAUCCAUCCAUUUCCUGGAAAGACUGAAAGGGCUGAAAAUUGACACAGAUGAAGUCAUGGUGUCGUUCGACGUAACCUCACUUCUCACCUCGAUCCCAAAUGAUUUGGCAGCUGAAACUGUCAGCGACCUCCUCGACAGCCAAUACACGGAGGCAAACAAUACCCCUAAGCGAGAACACCUAGUGCAGCUGCGGAAAUACUGCAUCUAAACGUUAUUUACCUUUAAAGGGACUGUGUACGAGUAAAUCAAAGGUUCGCCGAUGGGCUCACUGCUAUCGGGCAUCUUUGCUGAAUCUGUUCUUCGAAGGUUAGUGGCGUUGGUGUUUGCAACAUACAAGCCUAAAUUUUGGGAGCUGUAUGUGGACGACACUUUCGUCGCUCUCAAAUGGGAAGUGUUCACGAAAUUCCACGCGCUACUAAACUCUGUUCUCCCCGAUAUUCAAUUCACCAUGGAGACAGAGAACAAUAAUCAGAACGCGUUCCUCGACGUUCUGAUUCAUCGCAAGGCCAGUGUUAGCCUGAAAACGACGGUCUACAGGAAGGCCACUAACACUCGGCAGGUCCUGUCCUACCACAGCAAUCACCUACAGUGUCACAAACGAAGCUGUGUUCGAUCUCUCUACAAGAUGGUUGACAAUCACUGCGGCGAACCGGCCGACAAGGUAGCCGAACGCCACUAUCUAUGGCGGAUGCCCAACUCCAACUGUUACCCGCGCAGCGUUGUAGAACGCAACAAACUGUCCAGUUCAACCAUAAAGUCAACGGCAAAUCAGCCGAACGUCUGGCGAGCGCUGCCCUAUAUUGCAAAAGUUUUCGAUGCAUCACCCACAAACCUGAAGCGGAAAGUAGACGUCUGGUCAUGAGACCAAAAACGGCUCUACCACGAGAGGAAACAGAAAACGUCGUCUAUCAGAUCCCGUGUAGUUCCUGCGAAGUAAACUACUUCGGAGAGACCGGGAAAGGAUUGCAGACCUGCACGAAGGAGCACACAAGAGCGGUACGAAGAAUGGAUCAGACCUCGCUGUUGGCGGAACAUUGCGCAGCUUGUGACCAUGCCUUUUUUUCCAAGACGCCGAAGUCUUGGGCCAAGGGAACGAUCAAACGGUAAAGGAGACACUCGAAGCACGGUACACCACAACUACCUCGAUCAACCGCUGCGUAACUUUGCCGGCUGCCCACCAAGCCCUCCGGGUGAAGUUCAAUAAACAGAUCUACCGACGAGGCGUCAGAACAGACGUCAACACUGGCAUGACAAUCCCCGUCCACACGGCUACGGGCAGGUGUGAACGGGGCAGGAAGGCGAGAUACGUGAAGGGCGGACAACGGACAAUGUCAACAAGGGCAAUAAUCGCGGUCACCCUAACAUCGCCCUCCUCCCCAAACCCUACAAAGGAUGAUGAGGAACCCAUGCCGCAUGACGAAAACUGCCAAACCUUGUGAUAUAGCGCGGUGGAAAUCAGUGACACGCCCGCACGAGGGAAACCCUUAAAUACUGUGACGUGCGCACGCAACUCACCUCCGGUGAUGGAAGUUUGUCUGCCUUCCAAAAGUCAGGUCAAAAAAUCCAUGGUACCUGUGACUGCCUUACAUACAUAUACAUAUAAAUAUACAGAAUGGUAUUACCGACAAAGACAGGGGAGACUGCCCGUAAUACCAUUCUGCCUAUAUCAUGCGCAGGUGUGCGGCUGCUGGUUAAGCUCGAGAGAGAGAGCCCUAAUGCACAACGGGAGGAGCGAGUUCCGCAAGAAGGGUCGGCGAGCGUCUCUCUACCACUAUGUAUAUGUCCGAUCGCGACCGACUGGACAUCCAGCCGGUGACUCAAUGGCAAGGUAGUUCGAGGUCUAGUCAACAGAACAAAGAUUCGAACAUCAGGGAUUGAGUGCGGUUGGCUGAUGAUUGCUAAUAGGCCAGAGACUGAUAUCCCAGUCUCACUUGUCUUUAUCGGUAAUCUCUUUCUGUCUAUAUAUAUACAUGCAUUUGACUGGCACUUAGCCGCACUUUCAGCAUACAUACCAGUCGAAAGUUCAAAAAGCAGUAUUUUAAUGUUUCAGCCACUGUGUGUGGUAUUUUCAAGGAAUUUAUUUUCCCCUCAACCGACUCUUUUAACAAUUCGAGGAGCAGAUCAUACCGUCUUGUAUAAAAUUGUUAUCAUAGACCCGGGGUAGGAUUUUCGUUCACCCAUUAAAUCAACCCUUAUGUCAAACACCUCUAUCGCCAUCGCAGUUCAUUACUCUGUUGUCUUCUAAGCUUUCUCUAUGCCCGAAAGUGUUUGUCUAUUUAGGUGGUCGCUCAGUUGGAGAGGAAACUUGCGACUUUACGCUCAAAACAGACCGAGCUUAUUGCUCUGAAAACCAGCCUUGUGAAACCGAAUUGCGGUCAGAACCCUUGCAAAAAGAGGCUUAUCAGAGAGAUAACCUCCGCGACUGAUCAGCUGUACUGUCUCGCUGUCCACGCCUUCGAAACGGCAGAAGGUCACUUCAACUUGGCUUCUGCCCAGGAGCAGACACUGUUGGUGAAACUGAGACAGGACUGUACGGAUAUGAAAGAAAGGAAAUCCGCCCUAAUUCGGAAGGCAAGGGGCUUACGGUGGAGCAAUGUAAGUUCUAAUACGUCUUGGACAUUGCCAUCGAUUUCGUUGUCCAGUCGAACGAUUCGUGCUAGUCAGGGCGAGAAUUAAAUUAUAGCCGGAGGAAUCUGGAAAAAAUCAAACUUACUCUUACAUAAAAUGUCUGCCCUCAUAAUGGCAGAAAUCGGUACAUGGCGCAUUCAGUUAUCGUGUGGGCAGCGGCUAAGCUGUGGUCUGUCAUCCGAAACGGAGCAUAUUUUACUGUGGUAGGAGGUUAGUAGAAUUUUCUACGUAAACGGCUGACAAAAACGUUAUGGCUGCCUGCAUUUCCCGUUCAAAUGACGACAUUCCAAUCCACCAAUUUGAGAUAGUUUGUUAGCUUAUAUGUACAUCUGUAUGGUCGGUGAGAAGGACCUAAAAACAGUACUCCCCUUCCGGGUGCAUUACGCAUACAGCCUCGGUAAUACACAUCAAAUUGGAUUCCCAAAACACCAUAGAACCACAUUCCCGAACUGCCAAAUAAAGGAGAGAUGGCAGGAAAUUCGAAUAACAAAAGAAGAGGGGGCGUUUACCGGGAGGGGUUUAUUUGAGAUCCGACGUUUCGGGUAGUUUAUUCGUCUACCCAUCUUCAGGGACUGGGAAUAAGCCUCCAUGCCUGCUUCACAAAUAUGAUGAAAACCUUCGAGGCAGUGAAUAGUGAUACACUUUAGAAAAGUAUGCUGAAUUCAGCUGUCUAAAGCGAUUGACACAAAAUGGAAAGACAACUUCAUGGGGAGGGAAUAGCGUGCGUCACGGACAAUGUAGCCAUACAUGAAGCUUACGCGGUGACCAUCACAUAUACCCAUCCGACCAUUAUCGCCUGUCUGCCAGUCUUCAGUAAACCAUAGCAGUUCACGCGUCAAAACCACACACCACCCUACUCGCGCGCAGAAGAACUGACCAGCCCUGCCAGUUGCCAUGUCCAAUCCGAGCGUGAAGUAGCUGACGGGCUCGGACAGUCGGCUAGCAUAUGGAAGAGAGAAGAGACGGUUAGGCGGACAGCAAGGAAACCAUAUGAUCGAGCAAAUCACCGCAUUCUCCAAUAAAAUAAAUCUUCCCCAUUUAAAUGCACCACGAGGCGCCAAUAGUUGUGCCUUGGAAGAUGUACAGCUGACAAAAUAGCUCUGUACUCUAACGUCUGAGUGUCCAGAUGCAAUCGACACCACUCAGUUUCAACUAUGCGUACCCAAUAAAACCAGGUAAUAUGAAAUCUUAUAGUCACCUUCUCUCAACUUGGGCGUCUCUCGCCAUCAAAAUAAAGUGAGCAAAAGAGUACAGAUUGAGCCGGACGCUGUGCAAAGUCCGUCUAGUUAUAAACCAGGUCCAGUACAAUUCGCCUCUGCGCUCGUGGCCUACCUCAUCGGUCACGACGGUCGGACUGCCGUGUGGGGUAUUGGCCAAACAUAUGUCGCCAUUGUAAAGAAGCUGGAUUCAUUUACUAUUCUUUUGAUUGAGUAACACCUGAUUUACAGUCACCUGGACUCCCCAUUGCAUGAUAAAGAGAGCGAGAUACUUGACCAGUUUAUGAGCUAAUUCAUUUAAAACAGGCUUGGAAGCAAACAAAGUUGCUAUUUUAGUCUUCUUUUGUAGGGUCUGUGAGAUUCGUUGAUUGGCCCCUGAUGAUACUCCUAGCAAACAUGACGCAGACAAGCUUUCCGAUCAUUAGCGGGUUGACGCAGUUGCAAAUGACGUUGUGAAAUCAGUCAGGCAUUCAAAUGUGCAGAGCCUAUAUCGGGAUUGUCGUUGCUUUUUAGAGAUCCACGGAAAAACUUGAGGUGUAUAGCUGUCAAUUUAGGCAUAUACAGUUAGUGAAAUAACUCAUGAAAUGUGUCGAAAUUUACGAAUGAUUGCCAAUCACUCGCAAACCCACAUCAUUUCAUGAGUCAAAUGUCUAUGUUAAUUGAGUACAAGUUUAAAAGUUAGCAGGUUGAUAACCAUGGUUACCAUCGGAGGGAAAAAACAAAUCAAGUCUGGCUAAACCUGUUUAUUAAAACUCUACAGAGUUAAUGACUAUCCUUUUCAAUGGAAAAGUCGCUCAGGUGCGUAACUGAAGUCUAGGACAUGUAUUAGCAUAGGAAAUUGCACGAAUAUAUUCCAAUGUCUAUUUCCGCCAAAAUUUAAUGAUGUUUUUCUUGAGAUAAUUAAGUUAACACAAAGGACAUUUCAUGCAUGGGCAGCUCGCUAAGAGUGCAAGAGGCCAGACGCAAAUGGCUGUUUCACGGUCGUUACCGAUCAUCAGUACGUCAUAGGCCAUAUGAAAUGAUGUAAACGCCCAAUUUACAUGCUUAUAUGACGUACUGAUGAUCGGUUACGACCGUGAAACAGCUGUAUGCGUCUGACCUCUUGCACUAUUAGCGAGCUGCCCAUGUAUUAUAUGUGGUAUGUGUCCUCUGACACAGCGUCCGUUGUCGCCAGUAGCUAGGUGGCGGGCGGACAGAAUGGGAUCGAGUGAGAUCCUAACCACAACAGUGAGAGUCAAACGCCCACUUGACAUGCUUAUAUGCCUCACUACAUAAGGCCUUUGACAUACUGAUGAUCGUUAACGACCGCAAAACAGCUGUCUGAGUGUGGCCUGUUACACCCUUAGCGAGCUGCUUGUGUAUUAUAUAUAUAAACUCUGUUUUUCCGGACAUCCAGUUCACAAGGGAGGCAGAAUUCAACAACCGACUAGCGUUUAUAGACGUCCUGGUCCACCGCAAAACCAAUAUGAGCCUAUGAACGAAGGUAUACUGAAAGGCAACCAACACAGGUAAGGCCCUAGGCUACUACAGUAACCACCCGUUGUGCCAUAAACGUAGCUGUGUGCGGACUCUAUUCAAGAGGGCGGAAACUCAUUGCAGCGAGGCAGCCGACAAAAUAGCCGAACUUCAUUAUCUUCGGUGGAUGUUCAUCUCCAACGAUUACCCUCGCAGUUUUAUCGAAAGUAGCAGGCAACCAAAGAAGGCUUUAAGGCCAACGAGAGAAGAACCAAAAGUGCGGCGGGCACUACUGUAUAUCAAGAAUGUUUCCGAAGCAGUCGCUUGUUUGUUACAACUACUGGGGAUCGGCAUCGCGCAGAGACCUGAAGCGACAAUAAAACAUCUCGUCAUGAGACCCAAGGCCCCUCUGUCACGAGGACAAACAGCGAAUGUCGUCUACCGUGUCCAGUGCAGUUCCUUUGAGGCGAACUACGUUGGAGAGACCGGAAAACGGCUACAAACCCACAUGAGUGAGCACGCAAGGGGAGUGAGAAGGAUGGACCAACUCUUACUGGUGGCGGAACAUUGUGCUGCCUCUGGGCACACUUUCGCCUUCCAUAACGCCGAAAUCCUAGGCCGAGGUACCGACCAGACAGCCAGGGAAACGCUCGAAGCCUGGCACACCGUACCAAAGGACAUCUCAUUGGAGGAUGUGGGUGUGCGAACAAAAUGCGCUACGUUAGAGGCGUCUAAAAAUCCUCUCAACAGUUUCCGUUAUCUGUCACUGUAUAUGCUAUUGGGUAACCUUUUCGACAGCAGCAACCAGACAAAUGUUUGUACACACACAAGCACCAAACUCGCAAUUUGCGCAUAUUUUUACCAACUUAAGUGCUUGUCAUCUCCGUGUAUGGUUCAGUACAGUCCAAAGACAAACGCCUACUUUGUUUCAAUCAGGGUUUAUGUGCCAAUGCAUGAAAGGAAACCCUGGUGCAGUUUGCCAACAUAUAACAUGCAAUGGGCACUUACCUAAAGAUGACAAGUUAGUUGUUACUGUGCUUCUCUGCUUCUAAUAAAUGCAUCGAGUCUUGAUGCAGGUUGGUAGGCACCACGAUACCAAGUAAUUGCAUGAAAAAAUAUUGAAAGUAUAUGUUGUCAGUUAUCCCAUAAGCACUAAACAGUUUCCAAGCUAAAAUCAACAUUUGUUUAGAAUACGCCUUUUUCCUGUUCUGGACUUGGCCCAUUUUUUGACUCGGAAGGAGAUUGUCGUGCGAGAUCAAAUGCAGAUCAAAUGUUAUCCUUAUUUUCUCUCUUUUUAGAACUCCGCCCGUCUGAAUGAAUUUAAGGUGUCUGCCAUAGCACUGUUACGUGAACUAAACAUGAUUCGGAUACCGAUAGACUUCUGCAAUGCAAACGGAAUUGGCAACGCUAGUGUGUCUCGCAGAUUUGAAACGGUGAGUUAACUGUCAGUAGACCUGUAUUUUAAUGUUUUUAAGCAUUGAAAUUUGAAGAGGGCGUUUUAAACGGUAAGGCACAUACGUAGGUAUACCUACUGUUUCGCGCAAACUUAUAAAUUUGUCCAGCAGUAUUUAGAGACAGCCUUUCAUUAGGCUGGUGACGUUAUUUCAACAAAAUUAUAUAGAAAGUGGUUGGUGCCUAGAUCUGGCGGUUUUUCUUAUUCAAAUCCAUGAAGAACCUGUAGCGGCAAACCAGUGAUAAUGCAUGUAGUUUGUGAGCUACAAUUAUCAAGUCAAAUCCCGUGUUGGAAGGAGAAGACGGAAGGCAAAAGAAUGAGGAGUUUAUUGUGCACAGAACCCGGAGUUAUCCUACCAGGCGGCAGUGGCCACUGGCGAAGAUAGGGCCGGUGUUGACUGCGUACAGUCAAGCCUGAGAAUCCCUGAGAUAGUGGUGGCAGCCGCUUUUGUAGAGUUGUGAACCAAGCUCAAGUGAUGUCCAGUCAGUGCACGUUGCAUUUGCCGAGGGGUGUUGUCCCAGUGGCUUAGGUUGCGGUUGCAGGUGGGGGAGGUGCGCCAAGUGGCCGCAUGGGCAGCUGCGGCUAAGUGGACGUAGGUAUGCCCGAGCUGUUGGUCGUGUGACUUCAGGUCAGCGGGUCUGGAACGGCCCAAUGCAAAAGGGUGAAUGACCUUGAGGCAGCGAGGUCUUGAACAAUGACGCCAGACCGGUCACGAUGGCUGCCCGCUACAAACAUUUAUAUGCCAGGGAAUAUUUAUUUAUUCAUUCUGCCCUCCUAGUACCAGCACCUCCCUCUGCCCCGUCAAUCAACCGGGGCUCGAGGUGACCACACCCCGGUUGGGAGAGUCCACAGACGGGGCUACGACGAGGCCGUGUACGCUGCAUCCCCCUAUAACACCAUCCCCGUAAAAAAACGCGCAUAGGGAGGCGCCACACUUUACGCAUUUUUAACUACCUAUUUACGAUAUUGGUUUGGCUCUGACUGCAGAAAGCAUAAUGCUCCUUCAAUGAACAUCGUCAUAUUAGAAAUCCCGAUCCACGACAGGUUCUUGUAAUAAAAAUCUGUAAGUUAGAUGAGAAUGUCAAUUAAUCUUUUCACCUAUACUUUUAGUCUAAGUGAAACUUGAGCUUUAAAAACGUUCUAGAUGGUGCACCAUUCAAUUUGCCGGAUAAAAAUCUACCUUGAACAAAAACUACCACAUUAAUAAAUAUGACAUCACUACUGUCGAAUAAUUUUAAAGUCAGUUAAACGUGCGUGUUUAGUAUAAGUACCAGUUCAUAAACGCUUAGUAUGUUUUCGCGAAGAGACGAGUCCCAGGAAGCAGUCUUGAAGAAGGAGACAUGAUCGCUGGGACAAGAGCUUUAUUCGCCUAACGUUUCGGAUUCCUGCUCGAACUCAUCAUCAGAGACAAAAUUAGAUACGGGUGGUUCAUGCACAAGGGGCUGCAGUAUUUAUAGAAUGCAGUUGCCAUGCUACCGCAUUCCUAUGAAUAUGCAUGGCUCCCCCCCCCCUCAUCCGGGAUCGUUGCACUUGGUGUGAUGACUGUUUGCUGGCCGAUAUUCGCGUACCUAAUUGCUGAAAUCUCAUCACGUGCGUUGGAUGUUGGUGUGAUGAUUGCUCGGCCAUCUGACACACCGAUCCUGGCGUUGGUAAUAUUGUUCACCUGUGCGCUGCCCGCGUAGCGAAUUACUCCGCCAGGCGAAGUCUCAGCACCUGGCGUGGAAUGGAAAUGCCGUUGCACUUGAUAAUGGACUGCGGGCCAGUGAACCACGACUCAAGCAGCUCGAGGCUCUAGCGAGAAUUCCGGCCUCGUUGGAUUCGAUUGUGUGGACGGAUCUCGCCGAAUGGGCCGCAACUUGAGAGCUGGCGUCAUUUCUCCGCACGGCUGCAGCGUGUUCGGCCAUUCUCGUUCGGAGCUGUGUUCCGGUUUUUUCGACUCAGUUCCUUUGUCUACUGCAUGGAGUCGUUUGUCGGAGCUGGUGCACCAAGGUAAAACAAACUAAUGUACGGCGGAUAGAUAUAAAUGACAGGCAGUGGCACAUAUCUUGUCCAACAAGUCUACUGAUGUCAUAUCUUUUACAAUGCAGAUUCAUCUACAACUCCGGGACUUUCACCUAGUUACCUGCGACUCUGUCAGUUUUCCAGAAACUUGGCAACCAAAAGCUGAAAACAGACGCUCGUCGAAUACUCCGUAGGUGCCAUUUGUCAUACUGAUACUCUUCGAAAGCUGUUUUUUGCCCUAGCGUAAUUCCCCAAUGUAAGAGCGCAGACAUAUAGUCGAUGUAAUACCUCAUAAAAUGUAAGCCAACACUGAGAAAUAUGUGUUCCGUUGGAAAAGUUUACUUCAAUAGGUUUGUAGGACUGACAAUCGUGAAGUCUUAUCACAGGAUACGUCAGUCGCAACAGAAUGCCGGUUCUAGAAUAGGCCGCUUUUUGGUCGUCUAUAUAACUGCCUUUAUUUUUGAUGCCUCAAUUAAUUAGGUUAUACUUUGCAGUGAACAUGUGGAAAGUAUUUUCUAUGUGCUCAUUUGGUAGCAAAGCACGUGAUUCGACUUCUAUUUGAAGCAGUCGUAGCUUGCGGUUUCAGUUUCAGUUUAUUUGGGGAAAACUAGGUGUGUACCUUCGAAAUCCUUGUUGGUUACAUGCAGAGAAAGUAUAUGGAAAAAGUGGAAAGGGUGUAACAUAGAAGAAAUAAAACGGUAAUAUCAAAAACUGCAUAGUAUGUUAUGCGUCAACCGUAUUUGAAGGAAUAUGAACAGGGUUUGUCCAUUGAAACUCAGCAGAUAUUUGAAGCUACAGCAAAAAUAAUAAUAAUUUUAGUCUGAAAGCAUCUUGGCGAUUGUCAGCAGGGGUGUACGCAAUGAUUCAAAAAUUAGUGAAUAAUAUAAAUAGAUGUUACUUAAGUAUUGGCAGAAGCGUCAUGAUAUCAGUAAAUUGCUACCGUGGGCUGACGAGACGGCUGCUGUCGGACAGCAUUGUGGGCGCACUACAACGUAGAUCUAGUCUCCGUUUAAAAGUUUUUACGGACUGCGGCAUAACAACAUUGUCAGGCGGAACAUUCUAAGCUGCAAACACUCUGUUGGAGAAGACGAACUUUCGUGUAUCUAGCCAGGCACCAAUCAUAUGUGCUGUGAGUGAAUGGUCUCUGAGGUUAGUCGUAGUCGCAAACUCGAAAAAGUCUCCUCAUACGAGGCAGCAGCCCUGACCGCGCAGGAUGCGGAAAGUUUGUACCAGGUCACCACUUAGCUGCCUGUAACUAAAAGGAGAGAUAUCAAGAUUAGCUAAUUGGGUUUCGCAGAGUAGUGGUCACUGUCCAGCUUCAAGGUUUGCACACUGUUGAACUUUUUUGAGUAUACUGAGAUCUUUUGCGGUCCAGGGUCUCCAUGCCUGGAUAGUCAACUCCAGAUGCGGCCUCACAAAAGUUCGAUAGGCCUUGGCGAAGCAGUCUUCAUUAAAGAAAGAUAACGCCCUUCUGACGAGGUAUAGGAUGGACAUCGCAGACUUGGCUAACUUUGAGCAGCGCACCGAAAGCUUGAGCGAGGUUACGAUUCACAUACCCAAGUCUUUCUGGGAGUCGAGUUCUUGCAACUGUUUGCCAGUCAGACGGUAGAUCAUGUGGUUAGGAGAACUGGUUCCGACGUACGCGUUUAUGUUAAACGGCAGAAGGCUUCGUUUGAUCAUUGUUCAAGGCUUCCUGAAUUCUCGGGUAAUUUUGUGCCCAACCUACUGAUUCUAUGCUGUACAUGUGUCGCUACAAAUAUCACACGUUUCCCCUUUUUAUUUGGAUGAUGUCAUCUUGCGCUCUAAAAUUGUACAAUGUAUGUGGAUGACUUUGCAUAGGGCAUAAGCAGCAUUACUGAGCGUGCUUAUGAACUGCUGCCUGAAUGAAUAUAUCACAGAAUUAAAAUUGCCGAUACAAGCGAAGAUGCGAAUUCCAGGAAGUAUUUGAUAGGAAAAAGAAGAAGAGGAAGAAAAAUGAGAAGAAGAAGAAGAACAAGCGAUCGCUGGAGCAAGGGCCUGAUUUUCCUGACGUUACGGAUUCUCACUUGAACCCAUCAUCAUAGACAAUGGCAGAGACGGAUGAUUCGUACACAGGAUGUUGCAGUUUUUAUAGGAUACAGUCACUAUGAUUGGGUGGUCGCAGUUGAAGUUCAGUAUUUGCUUAGUGUUUGUUGCUUCCUGAACACUUUGGUUCUCAGGCCACCAUAUUCUUUGCGACUCACGAGAACAUCAAGGAAUCCUAUUUACGAAUCGCCCGUUCAGCCACUGUUUCUGAAAAUGCGCUUAAGUGAGAAUCCGGUGAAUAAAGCCCUUGUUCCAGCGGACUUAAAAUUACUAAAAUUAAAAAAUUCUUGAAAACUGAAAGUUAUCCUUUGUUUGAAUACAAAAUCUUAAAAAAUGUAAUCUGCCAACAAAAGAGUAAGAGAAGGAAUAUUUUAUGAAAUUUUGUACAAAAUGAAGGUGAAUUUACUAGUGCAUUGAACAUCAAUUGGAAUAUUUCAUGUUACAUAAUUAGUCAUUUUUUUACAGGACGUGGGUUUUGUAGAAGGUCAAACAAGAGGCUCAUUCAACAACCGGUGUCCUGCUGCGACUGAAUUAUCUGAAGAUUUUGCCGCACGAAAUUAAUAUUACAUACCUGCAUAAGUAAUACUUUCGAAUCAAAAGUCUACUUCAGAGUUUAGAUUGACAUUGCGUGGGAUAGCACAUGUACUCUCUCUCUCUCUCAGGUGCGCUAUUUGGCACUUACUGUUCUUCUUUGCUGUCGGUUUUUUGUGCUUUUGGAACCUAAAAUGCUUCAUUUUUGCAUGUGGCGGUUUAUUCUCGUGGCUUUUCCAACUGAAUUCGCCCUUUUAUUUAGUUUUCAACUGUCGCGCUCAAAAAAGAAGUUAAACGUUUUAUCGCAUACAUUUCGUUCUCCCUUCGCGGAGAUGCCCUACUCGUUAAACAACUAAUACAGCCAUUACCGUGUCACACUGGCUGGGGUCACUGCUUGAGAGGUGGGGUUGCACAACUUACCGUUAUUUAAUAUUUUCGUGCAUAUUUUUCUGUAAAAUAUAGUCUAUUUUAUAAGCGCAUCGAAAAUCAAUGAGAAAGUUUUUAUUCUACGGGGUCACUGGUUAAGAGGUGGGGUUCAACAACCUACCGUUACUUUAUAUUUCCAUGCACCCUUUUUCUUUAAUAUAUAGUUUAGUUUAUAAGGGCGUGUAAAAUAAAUUGGAAAAUUUUUACUCUACAUAAGUAUUUGUUUAUGCAGAGUACAGUUCUAGCAGACGGCCGAAAAGAGGCUCAUUUAAAAGCCGGCAUCCUGUUAUGACCGAAAUAUCUUCAGAUUAUUCUGUACGACAAUUAAUAUUGCAAACCUAUUCAAGUAAUCUUUACGGAUCAAAGUAUAUUCCAAAAUUUCAGUUAAUAUUGCACGGCACAGCACGUCUGCUCUCCUUCGAACGGCCGUGCUACUGUGCAGUUGCUGGUUGUCCUCCAUAGGGGACGCCAAGGCACAACGGGAGGAGUGAGUUUCGUAACACGACCAAAGAGAUCUCCCCGACCGAUGAAUGCCAAGCGGACCCAGCGUGUAUUUAUAUUUCAGACCGAGCAUCGAAAUCAUUAUGCAUCCUACCGAUGAAAACGUGGAAUAGCAUUAAAUGUCAUUUGCCAGCAACAUAUUACAUUUCAACUCCUAGUCGAACAGAUCUGCAAUAUUACUCUGUGUCAUUUGGUUACCGGGUAUUUGGUGUUAUUUCACACCGCCAACUGCGGUCGGUCUCAGCACCAAUCGAUCUGAUUUCCAUUUGUGCUGGCAUAUGUUAAGGAGGGAUGUCUGCAGAUUAGAGCAUAGUCUGCAGUCUUGCGAAUGAAGAUCGAGUGGCAGUAACGUUAAUGGUACUUUGCUAAUUGAAAACGGAGUUUCAUGAAGACCGUUACAUGCUCGUGUAGGCCCCAGUGAAUUCCAGGCGUGAGACCAUGAGAUGUCGGCUUCAUCAGCAUCUGAUGCCACACCCAUUUUAAUUUUCGUCGACUCUGUCUUCUCAGAGAAAGGUAUAUGCGGAGCAAGUUCGCCUCAUAAUAACCUGGUUGUCAGGCAAGUCACAUCUGUGUGUUCUGUCAAGUAAUGCCGAUUCUCAUUUACUUACUUAAAGGAAACUUCAAGUUAAUCACUUCGGUAUUAGGUCAUCGGAUCCACACCCGGUCGUUUGUCACACACAGCGCUUAAAGUCCCGUAGAUUUUAUUUUGACUGGUCGGCUCUGUAUGCAAGACAACUUAGGAAGAAUUCAGUUUUGCCUUUCAGAGCUGUUCCUAGGAUUCCUGCAAACGGGGCCGGUAGACGAGUUAUAACCUGACGAAUUUUAUCCCGAUUGCAUUUUACCGAGUGCAAAAUCAGUAGGCCAGUUAGAUACGGCGUCUGACACAAAUGCUCUAUGAAAACAUCUGAUAGCACCUCCCCCUACGGCCGCGUAUGUAGCAGACCUCUUCAGGUUUUAAAUGAUUAACUGACGCAAUAACAAAGACUUAGACUGGCAUAAUGGAAAUUGGACUUUCCGAAAGCCUGGUUAAAUAACCUGUCCUAAGUGUAUUCACGUAAUUCAAAACGCAUAAUUAAAUCAGGAUACCGCCUUUUUCGAUGCGCAAACUGACGCAUAAGUUUCUUGCAAUUACUACAACUACUGGAACAAAGCGAGUAAGCUGAGAUAACUAAAUUUGCAAAGACGAAAUAGACGCCGCAUUUAUGGGAAGUUAUCGAUGUCGUACACCCAACCACAAUCGCCAGCCUUUUGUACACCCCUACAACAAAAAUUGGAGGCCAGAAUCAUAAUAUUUAGGCAGUAAAUAUGUUCAAAGUGGGGGAAUUCCAAAAACCCAUAUCUUUUGUGAUACCUGAUCAGAAAAAUACUAAUAUAUACUUACUUAUUGUCUGAGCGUUUUUACAUGGAUGCUUCCCCCAGGCUAGGAGAUCUGAGCAUUUGGAAAUCAUCAUAUUCUCCAACUAGGCGACGUUGUGUAAUUGCUGCAUUGUCAUACACUUUUCCACACGCUCCCACAUAUUUCACCUUAGCCGAAUUUACAUUUAUAGGUGUAUUGGGAGAUUUUGAAAAACUCGGUAGAUUUGGUGGGAUGUAAAUCCCCUACAGCAAGCACAAGGUCCAAGUAAAGUCAACCUUUAUAUUCACAUGCGGCUUGUACGCAUCUGGUGGGUCUAGAUUGCUUGCAUGGGAAAUCCUGCAUGGACAGUUAGGUUACUCUAUCAGAUUUGGUGGAUUUCAUGUAUUUCAGUAGGCCCAACGUGUAAUAUGACCCAAAUGUGAUUAAGCUAACAGCUGUGGGUGGGGUCUCUUCUCUCAAAUCGUUACACCAUUGACGGCAAUCAAGUCUACCCCUUGUUAUCGUAAGCUUUUAAUCCCGUCAAGGUUGCCGAUUUCUUCGCAGUGCGGUUAAAAUACAUAAUGCGAAAUCUGCUGGAACGCCUGUUAAUCAUGUGAGUAUGGGAGUCGUCUGGUGGACCCUGUAUUCAUCGCAAAAUCAUGGUUAAGUGAGCGUAUAUUAGACGCCAAAGCCAGGCUGGACGGAGUUCUUCUGUCUUUAUGGAUCGAAAUGAACUUAGGGCUUGGAGAGACCGGGUGGCAUUGACUAUCUCACUGAGGCAUUCUCACAAAAAUCGAGCACUAACGGUGAAAUCAUUAGUUGUAGACUGAGAGUGCCAAACCAACCGUAUCUGCAUAAUGUUCUGGUAUGUAGACCCCAGGACAAGGAAAGGACAAGAACGACGUAUCGCAGACAUGCUGGCACUCCCGACAGGCCCAGCGUUGUGAAAGACGAUCGGGGCUAGGGCUACUGCAUAUGCCCUUAUCACUGUGGUAAAACAAAUCCGUCCUAGUUGACGGACAAUCCACUGGACGAUUUUGAGUCUCCAGACAUCGAUUGGGAUCGAAAAUCUUAUUCAAACAGAAAUUCCGGCAAGAAUGAUUUACUGAACACAUUAUUAUGCACAUUUGACUCCGAAAUGGACAGCAAUCAAGCUUCUUAGACAACUGUACCCUUGGAAUCAGACCUCACACGUCCUAGGCCUGAAAUGAUAGUUGUAUUCCAGUUGGGGAGCAUAGCCAUAUUUCUGUAUCCGAAAUUCCUACAGUAAAGGAGGAAAAUGUAGGUGCAGGGGAUUAUUCCAAAGGGAAGAAAGUGACUAACUGAGGCAGACCAGCACCCUGCAUCUAUGCCCGAGGAGAACGUCGAAAGGUGCUUAUUUAAGGAUCGAAUUCGGUACUUAGGAGAGUACCGACGCUGACUUAAAAGGAUAUCGUGCGUUUCCAGAAACGAGCAAUCAAUACCAGAAAUAAAAAGGAACCUCUUAAGUGACGAAAAACUGUGGAAGAAAUUAGCCGGAAGUCAACUGACUGAGUAUUUCUCUGAGUUUAUCAAACAGCGAAAUAGAUUUCAAAAUCUCCUGAGGAGAAAAAGAGCAACAUUUGAGUCAGAAACAAUCAACUGAAUACCGAAAAAGUCCGAAAACGUUCUCCACACACAUAGAUGAGUUUAACAUGAUCGGAACACUAUGCGUUUUCUAAAGGAUUAUCGGGAUAUUAUGAUAAUCGAUAAGUGCGUUAGAAUCAAUCUUUUUCCCUAUAUCUUCAUGUCUGUAUAUACCGAAGAGUCGCUAUUUGAUGAAAACGUACACAGGCAAAUUGUAGCAUCGUGUAGGCCUCAGUGAAUUCGAACAUGAUUUUUCGACUCAUCAGCAGUUAAGGCCACCAACAUCUACAUUUGCCUCGACUCUCUCUUGUCAGAGCGAGGUAUAUGCAGAGCUUGUUUGUUCCACAAUAAACUGGUUGCCAAGCAAGUCUCAUCUGCGUUUUCUGGGAGGUAAUGUCGAUCCUCAAUUACUUCUUCAGAGUAAAUCCCAAUUUAAUCACUCCACCAUCAGGUCAUCGGAUCCACACCCAGUCGGAUGUCAUAGGCACAGCUCAAAAUCCCACGCAGUUUGUCUUGACAGGUCGGUUUUGCUUGCAAAACAACUAAAUAUUUGCAAAAACACAAACCAUACGACACAUUAACGGAGUUCUCGAUGUAGAGCACCUAUUCACACUCGUCAGACUUCUGAUGUCAAUAUUGUUGGGGUCAGAAACAUGCUAUUUACGUAAUAAAUGCGUUCAAAGUGCAGAAAAUUCCAAAAACCUAGAUUUUAUCUGAUACCCGAUUGUCAGUUAGCCGGGGUUGGAUGAGACUGACUGUUGGCGGCUUAUAAGCCACAAGUAGCCAUUUCGGUUCCCUUGUCUUUAUUAGUACCGUCUUAUCUGCAUCUACUGCUAGUCGUUGUGCGACGGCCUGCGAUCUUCUAGCACGAGCUCCAAUGCAUAACGGAACGAGCACGUUCCGUAACUUGAUCAGUGAGCAUCCAUCUCUCAUAAUCGAUAUUCCUGAUAACUACAUGGGUGUCAGAAAAUCCUGAGAAGUGUUCGAAAAUAUUUGCGUCAGAAAUUGUCAAAAGAACGCCAAAAAGUCGAAGAAGUCCUUUGUAUACACGAAAAGAGCAAACAUUAUCUGAACCACAGUCAUUUUCUAAAAGAUUAGUAGGGAAAUAAGCUCACCGAAAAUUCUCUUGUCCGUUAAUACUGAUUAGUCGCCAUCGAAAUAAAAAUUCCGUCGGUAAACAGCUUAAAUGAGGGAUACAAUUACCACGGUGACGCUGAUAAAAGACGCUGUAAGGGGCACCCUGGGAGGGCUUCAGCCCGAAAAUUCGAGAGUUGGGGUGGCAAAUACGUAAGAGUAAAGACUAAACUUGAGGAAAAACUUGCCUAUCCACUGUAAAAGGUCUUCGAAAGUUCGGUGAAGGCGAAGCUCCCGCCUAUUGAUUAGAAGCAAGCUAACAAAGGUCUCGUAAAUAGGCCGUCCGAGAAAACCUCAUAAAAUAGACUUUGACCUCUAAAUCUCAGGAACAUUUGUCGCAAACUAGUAGAGAAAAUAAUAAAAAGGUAACUCACGAGGUGAACAGCCUGCUUUGUGCGCAUCGACAUGGAAUUGGCAAGCUGUCGGUCCUGUCUUACCAACUUGCUCGUGUACACGGCCCGUAGAUUCGGGCUGCAUCUCUAUCAGCAACGCCGUCGACACACAGAGACGACUGAUGUCUGAACUGCGUCAAAUGAGCGUGACUGCCAGCACACUCAAAGUCUAGACCGAUGUUCUCAUAGACAAACCUCUGCGCGUUCGUAUUCUUGAUGCUGUCUCGGAGUGGAAUCUGUUCAUAGUGUGAGGAGCGUCUGGGUCACAUUCUGCUUUUAAUACAAGAGAUCAUUCGUUAACAUGGGAGCAUUUUACUUGACCGCCAUCUAUUAACGCAACAUUGCCUCUCAUAAUGCAUCUAAUUUUUUAUGUAAAAUACGCUUAUCAUUGCCUUUAUGUUAGUAAAUAGGGUUUAAGUCGACUCUGUCUACCGCGCUUAUAUAUAUACUGAAUUAAAUUCAGAAUUUUUCUUGUGGGUAUUGCAGCACUCUGCUGUUGUCACAGACCCACUUCGUUUUGUUGGGCAGACAACGUACCUCUGCACUUGCUGGCAUCACUCGUUAAUUUCUGAUGGACGGUUGUUUGCCUACUUUUCUUACAUUACUCUGUUUACUUUUAAAAGCAGCACAACGCCAUCGUCACUGUUGUCAUGCCUGACGCCGUCAACUGAGCCUGAAUUCUAUUCGCCCUCGGGUCAGGCCGCUGCCGCAGCAGCAGCCUCUCCGGCGAACUCGACUGUGGUUAACAGGUAUGUGAAUUGCGAUUGUUGA